AUGGCUUCCUUCACCUCGAGCCCUAAGCUGCAGCUCGCCGCCACUGCCGUCGUGUCCGCCGCUGUCGCUGCUGGUGCCCUCCUCACCUACCAACGUCUGCAGCACGACGAGCGCCUCUAUCGCCUCAAGCGCUCUAUACCCGAACCCAAAGCCAACGAUAGCCUCAUACAGCCGGUCACCAGCACCGGCCCCCUCCCCCGACCCGACAAGGAGGAUGAACACAACCAGCUCCUGGCCCAGCGCGCCCAGAGCGGCGACUUCGACGAUGAACUUAUCCUCGAGCAGCUAGCUAGGAACCGCGUCUUCCUCGGCCGGGACGGCCUCGACAAGCUGCGCGGCGCCUUCGUCGUCGUCGUCGGCUGCGGCGGCGUCGGCUCCCACGCCACUGCCGCUCUCGCCCGCUCCGGCGUCUCGCGCAUCCGCCUCGUCGACUUUGACCAGGUCACCCUCAGCUCCCUCAACCGCCACGCCGUCGCCACCCUCGCCGACGUCGGCCUCUCUAAGGUCCAGUGCCUGCAGCGCCGCCUCAUGGCCGUCACCCCCUGGGUGCGCUUCGACAUGCGCCUGCAGAAGUUCGACGGCCGGAGCGCCCCCUCUCUGCUGGCCGGCUGGGAGGGCAGCGACUCCCAGAAGCCAGACUUUGUCAUCGACGCCAUCGACAACAUCGACUCCAAGGUCGAGCUGCUCAAGUACUGCUGGGACCACGGCCUGCCCGUCAUCUCGUCCAUGGGCGCCGGCACCAAGAGCGACCCCACGCGCAUCAUGGUCGGCGACAUCGGCACCAGCACCGACGACGGCCUCUCGCGCGCCACUCGCCGCUGCCUCAAGCUGCUAGGCGUCACCAGCGGCAUCCCCGUCGUCUACUCGACCGAGAAGAUGGGCGACGGCAAGGCCGCCCUAGUCCCGCUCCCCGACGACGAGUUCGAGAAGGGCUCCGUCGGCGACCUGGGGCCCCUGCCCGACUUUCGCGUGCGCAUCCUGCCCGUGCUGGGCACCAUGCCCGCCGUUUUCGGAUACACGGUCGCGAACCACGUCAUCUUGAAGAUCACCGGCUACCCGCUCGACUACGUCCCCGGCAAGGCGCGGAGCAAGAUGUACGACGGCAUCCUAGCCUUUGUGCAGAGCGUCGAGGAGAGCCUCGUGCGCGAGCACUACGGCCGAGCCUCAAACCUGUCGGUCGGGCUCAAGGUGCCGCUCACGCACGGCGACAUCGCCUUCCUCGUCGAGGAGGUGUACCGCGGCCGGAGCGUCCUCACGGGCAUCCCCACCAAGCUCGUUCUGGUGCGGUGGCAGAAGCCGCCGCGCGGCAGCACGCUGGUCCGGAUCGCCGCCGGCACCAACGACACGGAGCAGAGGUCGUCCGACGUCAGGCUGCGCGACCUCGUCGUCAUGACCAAGGACGAGGCCGCGCGCCACCAGAAGGAGGUGCUGCAGGGCGACAAGGUUCCAGGGGAGCUCUACGACGCCGCCGUUGUUGCUAAGGUCGAGGCGAGGCAGAAGGAAGUCGAGGCGUACGAGCAUUACAGGUGA